GUAAACAAAUAGGAAAAAUCCUACAACUUUUAUAUUUUCCAGCGAUCACUUGUUUUUAUUCUAAUUACUACAGAUUAUAUUAGGUUGAAUAUCCAUUCGCAUAUUCUCAAUGAUUUACGAUACAAGCUCUCCUCAGUUCCAGCAAUUCCUCAAGUCCAGCGGUCGCCGUCGCGACGACUAUGGAAAAGUGAAAGGCGCUAUUAUCAACAAGCAGACAUCUAAACCAGCAGGUGCUUCAAGCACAGGAUUGUAAAGCUUGAUGUGGACUAUUAAAUGGAUCUAGUUUAAUAGGAAAUUUGCAUACAUAAUUUAUAACAAGGGUGUUGAGUUCUUAACUGACAAAUGGGUAUUGUUCCCUCUAACUGCAUAUCAUAAAUGAAGGAUUCGUCUGA